AUGACUCCUCCUAGCUUGUUGCCCGCUCAAAGUUUCGAGCUUACAUCAGAACUCGAAAUGGCAGUCUCUGAUUCCAUACUUACUCCAUUCGUAACUCCAAGUGCAACAGAACGCCAGGAGAUGUUAGAAGCUGGGCGUAUCACGCCUCAGAAACGUCAUCUCGUGCACUCUUCUCAAGAUGGCUCAGUACAAUCUUCGAAAAAAGCUCCCACGCGUUGGGAAGUCUGCACCCCCUUCUUUCAGAUACCCGUUUUCGAGGAAGGCGAGGAACUUACUUCAUGGGAAGAAGAUUCUCAAAUCGAAGAGGCUGCCGAAAAGCAAGGAAAAGUCGAAAUCGCCGCGCCAACACCGCAAACUGUGACUCUCGACCUUUGCUUCCAUGUUCAGGAUCCCGACGAUGAGUACGAGAAUUUGGACAGCUUCCAAUGCCGUGCUUGUGGGUGGAGCAAGGCAAGCGACAUUGAUCUCCACAACGACUCAGAUUCUACCUCUUCUUUAGACUCGGCUACCGAGCAACUUCUACUCGAGCUGGAACAGCCGAUAAGAAAUAGAGACGACGAGGCAACAGACUCAAACCCAAACAAAAAGGGAUCCAAUGUCCACUGGCGCUCCGACUCUCAACUGACCUCUACGCGUCUUUUUGAAUCGACAAGCUCCGAAGAAACGAGAAACAGCCAGCUGAGAAACGCUCUCCAACAAAUUCCUGACUUAGGAUGUCUCGGACAAGCAAGUCUCAAAGGAAUAGUAUCAAUGUUACCAACAUCACACAGCUCUAUCCUCUUAGACGAAGCAUUCGCCGCCGCUCGCCAAAAAGAACCUCCCUGCCUUCCCUCGUUUAUGGGCAGAAUACCCACCACCUACGAAGACGAGGAAGACGACCUAGACAUGGAUUCCGUUCCCCUCAUAUCCUCACAUCGCACUACUUCUCCUAAACCUAUGUCUCCUCUCCAACAAAAGACCUACCAAAUCCUCGCCGAGGUCCUGGACCAUCAUUCCUCGGCCGUCAUCCUUUGCACUCAUUGCCAAACCCUCCACUCCAUGACAACUCACCCACGCUCCUGCCCCUCAAACACCAAACUCAGCAUCUACCCCAAGCUCUUCUUCCGCCCCAUCACCUUCCGCCGAGCGCAAAAAGCGAUGAAAUACUACCGCGCCGGCGACACCUCGUCCUGUGUGCGUCGUGCCGGGCUGCAGUUCUCUCGAUCUGAUAAAGUGAUAGAAUACGAGCAAGAACUUGGCGAAGGGGAAAAUUUCCAACAGCCGUGGUGGGGCGCUUUUGGUGUUGCCACCAAAUUCUACGUGGCCGAGGGGUGUUUGAAGGGUAGAGAGAGGUUGAUGUAUCGCACGCAGCAUUUUUGGUUUUUGAAAGAGACGAAAAGGAAUUGUUGGCGUGCGAUCAAGGCGUUGGAGGCCGAGGUUAGGACUAGAGGGGGUGGCAAUAGUCUUUGUAAACUUUGUCAGCAUGUCGAUGGUGCGUUUUGGAAUUUUGAUGAUCCGGGGAAGUAUGCGGGUGUGAGAAGGUGUGAGGAGUGCGCUUUGGAGUGGGAGGUUAAUAUUGGUGAUGUUUUUGCGAAGGAGUUGGAGGAGGAGGGAAUGUUGGAUUCUAGUUCCAGAGUCUUGAAGAAGAAGGAAGGGGAGGAGAGGAAGAGAAGUGAGAUAAAGGGAAUCUUGCUUGUGCUGACUUGUUGGCGCGAUUUGGGCAUGUGUAAAAGUGUUUUGGAUCCGAGAUGGAAAGCACAUUUCCCGGAAUGUCAGACCAAGAUCCUUGACAAACAGGCCGAGAUGACAUGGAGAAAUGAAGAAAACGAGGAAUCAGCCCAAGAUUGGAAACUUGGCGGUAUCAAAAGGGCAUUUGAAAGCAUAGACGGCUAUGCUGGCGAAGAUGAAGAAAAAGAAGGAGAUUUGAAGUGGUCCCUUGAGGAAUUCAUGGGAUGUAGACUGAAGACCUUAUUCAAGCGGAAAAGGUGUGACGGACAGGUUCUCAAAGUCAGGUUUUGUGACCUAGCAAGGAUACCCCCAAACACUCCAAGCAAGCUCUGCCUCGCAGUGAAAGCCAUUGGUAGCUUCUUUGGAGGUUCAUAA